AAGUGAAUUUGAAACGGAACAAUAAAAACAGAGUUGCAGUGGAAAUUGUUAGCGGCAAAAUGAAGGAGAGCAAAGUCUCAGAAUUCAAGCUGAAGCUCCAAACCCUAAUCACGGAAGUUCGUGAACUCAGAGAAAAAGAAGCUGUUUCUUCCGAUCAACUUCACAGUCAAUUCCAGAAAUGGAAGCAAAGUGAAGAAGAAUCAUGUAGAAAGAUAACGGAGUUGGCAGCAGAGUUAGCUUCAUCUGUUCAACUCACCCAACAACUCCAACGCAAGGUGCAGUUCCUUGAAGAUGAAAAUUAUCUACUUCAAAGCAAGCAUAAAGAACUUAAGGAAACUAUAAACUGCAUAUUACAAGCUAAGGAAGCUUUCCUCAAUGCUUACCAGGAAUCUACUUGUGAAAUGAAAAGAUCCAUUGAAUCCAGAGAUAGAAAGAUUGCCACGCUUUCCGAGAAAAUAAACGCUCAUCUUUUAUCAUUGGAAUCGGUACGCAAGGAGGCGUCCUUAGUCAAGCAAGUAGUGGAUAACGCACAGCAUGCUGUCGAUGAGAAAGAGGAAGUAGUGGCUCGUUUAAAGAUACAAAUGGAUAAAGUGUGCGAAUUGGAGGGCUUACUCAUUGAAAAAAACAAUGACCUUGAAGCUAAACUGAAAAGUAACGAGAAUGAGUUGUACAGAAAAGAUAGGGUGAUUGCAGAGCUCCAGACACAGCUGGAGACUGCAAAAAUAACCAAUCAACGUCGGUCAAAAAUAGAGGAGCUUCAGGAAGCUAUGCUAAUGAAAGAAGGGAUCAUUGAGACCUUAAUUUUAGAGAACAAGGCCUUGCGUUCGGAACUAGGGAUGCUGGAAGUUUCUUUUAAAGUUGUUCAAGAAACUAUGACACAUAUGGAUGAAGAGGAUAGAGUUGCUUACUCGUUAAUCUUGGCAAACGAAGAAAACGACGCAACAGAAAAAGACGGGGAAGAUGACAGGAUCAAUCAUGAUAUCAAAAAUUGUGAAGCAAAUUCUCAUCACGGGGCUCCUAGAGCACCUGUUGCAGAAAUUGCAGAUUCACCAUGUAAGGAGCAUGCUCAUAUUGCCAUUCCGUUGAGGGAGAACAAUGUCCACUCUUGUGUGUCAGAGUCGACUUUUUCCCCUUCAAGUUCGGUUCACUCGGAGUCUCAGCCUACAGCAGCAAAUGCUUCAAAUGUGCCUGGCGCUGAAAAUAAGGAUAAGUGCAACACUUGUAUACAACAGCUAGAUUCGGAAUGCUCAACUACACGGACAGGAACAUCUUGAUAGUGUCAUUUUUAUAAAAGGUAACAAUUUAUCUUCAAGUGGUUAGUAAUGUGAAUGGUAUAUGAUGUUUACUUAAAGACAUUUGUUGUCUGGGCUCUUGGUUUUCUGGAUAUUUUAAAUGCAUAGCUUAUAAUAUA